AAAAAAACACACCUUCAAACGUUUAGAAUGUCUGACGAGAACUUUGUUCACGACAUUGCAGUCGAUAUUUCAAGAGCUUUGAAUUUAACAAACCCUAAUGAUUUAAUUGCUAAAAAAGUCAUUCAAUUUGCAGAAACCAACAAAGAUUUCGAAAAAUUCAGUAAAGUAUGUGGCACAUUUGGUCGAUUCAGUCGCGAAUUCUUGGCCGACACAUUCACUAAAAUUAAAAAUGAAAAACAACGAGCCAAAUAUGCACCCAAACAAUCGGCUGAUCCCAUUCCAGAGGCAAACCACAAUGAAGUGUUAGUUUUGAGUAAUCAAUUACCAGGUGGACUUUUGACAAAGAAUAAAUCAGCCGCUGCGGAUCAGGAUCGUCCGAUUUUCAAAGUACCUGCCUUACCAAAUAAAUCAUUGCUCGGUCUGGAUGAAUUAGCUCGUAAAAAACGUGAAGCCGCAAAAGAGCAACAAGAACAACAACCCGUCGAGAAAAAGGUUAGAAUGAAUUGGGACGACGAUCAGGAGAAAGAAGAGGAAACGAAUGCCGACAGAAUCGAAAGACAUCGCCCCAACUAUCGUUCACAAAGAAUGGAAACACCUUCCCAUGGCGGAGGCAUUUCGGAUUCAGCUUUAAGGAGAAUGGAAGACAUGAAGAGAAAGGACAGAAAUAGAGGAACAACUCAUUAUGACAGAGAUAGUCGUCACAACGACAGAAGGGAUGAUGAUAGAAGAGGUAGAGACGACAGAUAUCGCAGGGAUGAUAGAAGAGACGACCGAAGAGAUGAUAGAAGAAAUGACCGUGAUAGUUCGAGAACCCCAUCAUCUAGAGAAGGAUCAGAAACACCAGGUAGACGCGGUGGUUUGAUCAAACGUAGUCAAUGGACCAGUAUGACUCCAAGUAACGAAGGAUCCUUUACUCCUCGCAUGUCCUCAGGUAACAUGACGCCGGGUAGACAUGACAGUGGUAUCAGACAAUCCACAGGUGCAGCUACAGCUGCCGCCAAAAGAACCUGGGAUUAUAUGACACCCGCAGUACGUUCAACUGCAUACGACGAAGUUGCUUUAGAAUACCCCGAAGAAUUUGCAGGCGACGAUAUCGAUAGACAGAGAUGGGAAGAGGAGCAAGCUCAGUUAGAUCGUGAAUGGUAUCAAAUGGAAGACAAUGGUAUUGUGGAUGAAACGCAUAAUGCUUUUACGGAAUAUGAAGAUCACGAUAGACACAAGGAAGAAGAAUUAGCACAAAAGCAAUUAAAGAAAUUAUCAGCACGUCAAGCACAAUACAACAGAGAUACAGACAUGUGGGAAGCAAGUCGUAUGUUGAGUUCUGGUGUAGCUCAACGAAUUGAGGUGGAUACCGAUUUUGACGAAGAAAACGAGAACCGUGUUCAUUUAUUAGUUCAUGAUAUUAAACCUCCAUUUUUGGAUGGCCGUAUGGUGUUUACAAAACAAUUGGAGGCUGUACAACAUGUUAGAGAUCCUACCUCCGAUAUGGCCAUUAUUUCUCGUAAAGGUAGUAGACUUGUCAGAGAAAAGAGAGAGCAAGCCGAACGUGCCAAGGCCAGUAAAUUUGAUCUUGCCGGUACAACCUUGGGUAAUGUCAUGGGUGUCAAGGGCAAAAAGGAAGAAGAAUCAGCGGCUGAUGAUGGUAAGGGCGACUCUAAAUUCGCUUCUCAUUUGAAGAGUACGGAAGCAGCUAGUGAUUUUGCUCGUUCAAGAACAAUGAGAGAACAACGUGAAUUCUUACCAGUAUUUGCUGUCCGUGAAGAAUUAUUAAAAGUCGUGCGUGAUAAUCAAGUCGUGAUUAUUGUGGGUGAAACCGGUUCUGGUAAGACUACUCAAUUAACCCAAUACCUUCAUGAAGAUGGUUAUACCAAGUACGGUAAAGUGAGUUGUACCCAACCUCGUCGUGUGGCUGCCAUGUCUGUUGCCAAGCGUGUUGCUGAAGAAAUGAACUGUGAGUUGGGUGAUACUGUUGGUUAUACUAUUCGUUUUGAAGAUCAAACCUCUGAAAAUACCGUCAUUCGUUACAUGACAGAUGGUAUUUUGUUGCGUGAAUCAAUGAGUGCUCCCGACCUUGAGCAAUAUAGUGCUAUUAUUAUGGAUGAAGCGCAUGAGCGUGCCCUGAAUACAGAUGUUUUGAUGGGUCUUUUGAAGAAAUUACUUGCUCGUAGAAGAGAUUUGAAAUUGAUUGUGACGUCCGCCACUAUGAAUGCCGAUCGUUUCUCCCAGUUUUUUGGUAACGCACCAUGUUUCUUUAUCCCUGGUCGUACUUUCCCAGUAGAUGUCAUGUUCAGUAAAACCUCUUGUGAAGAUUAUGUCGAUAGCGCCGUCAAACAAACGUUGGCUAUUCAUUUAUCUCAACCGGCUGGUGAUAUUUUAAUUUUCAUGACUGGUCAAGAGGAUAUUGAAGCAACUUGUUCCGCACUAGCAGAACGUUUGGAACAACUAGAUAACCCACCGCCGAUGGCAAUUUUACCUAUUUAUUCACAAUUACCUGCUGAUCUUCAAGCGAAAAUUUUCCAAAGGUCUGAGAAUAAUGCUCGAAAAGUAAUUGUAGCUACCAACAUUGCUGAAACUUCACUGACUGUAGAUGGUAUCAUCUAUGUUGUUGAUACUGGAUAUUGUAAGCUCAAAGUGUAUAAUCCUCGUAUUGGUAUGGAUGCAUUGCAAGUGACUCCUAUCAGUCAAGCCAACGGUAAUCAACGUAGUGGUCGUGCUGGUCGUACAGGACCUGGUGUUGCCUAUCGUUUAUAUACCGAGGAUGCUUUCCGAAAUGAAAUGUUUGUUAAUACGAUUCCUGAAAUUCAACGUACGAAUCUUGCGGCUGUCGUGUUACAAUUAAAGUCUUUGGGUGUGAAAAAUUUGCUAGAAUUUGAUUUUAUGGAUCCUCCUCCACAAGAAAAUAUCUUGAAUUCUAUGUAUCAACUUUGGAUCAUUAACGCUUUUGAUAAUACGGGUGAAUUAACAGACGCUGGACAAAAAAUGAAUGAGUUCCCCUUGGAUCCUUCAUUAGCGAAAAUGUUGAUUGCUGCUCAUGAACAAGAUUGUACUGCUGAAGUUUUGACAAUUGUCUCUAUGUUAUCUGUGCCUUCAGUGUUUUAUAGACCCAAAGAACGUAUGGAAGAAUCCGAUGCUGCUAGAGAAAAGUUUUUUGUACCUGAAAGUGAUCAUUUAACGUUACUUCAUGUCUACACUCAAUGGAAGAUCAACCAUUAUCGUGAUGAUUGGUGUACCAAACAUUUCGUUCAUCCCAAGGCCAUGCGUAAAGCCAGAGAAGUACGAUCUCAAUUAAUGGAUAUCAUGAAGACCAUCAAGAUGCCCUAUAUCUCUUGUGGAACUGAUUGGGAUGUUGUUCGUAAAUGUAUUUGUUCCGCCUAUUUCCAUCAAGCCGCCAGAUUGAAGGGUAUUGGAGAGUACGUGAAUUGUAGAAGUGGUAUGAAGGUGCAUCUUCAUCCUACCAGUGCCUUAUUCGGUGCAGGUUUUACACCUGAUUAUGUCGUAUACCAUGAACUUGUCUUGACAUCUAAAGAAUAUAUGCAGUGCGUUACUUCAGUCGAUCCUUUCUGGUUGGCCGAAUUGGGCCCCAUGUUCUUUUCCAUUCGUGAUCGUGAUAGAAAUUAUGGACAUAAGGAAAAGCGUAUGGCUAACAUUGCCACUGAAUCUCGCUUGAAUAUGGAGAUGGAAAUGAAAUUAGCUCGUGAACGGGAGGAACAAGUAGAAGCAAAAGAACGUCAAAGUAGACAAAACACGGCUAGAGCUGGUCGUAUUGCUACUCCUGGUGCCAGAGAUAUGCGUACACCAAGAAGAAGAGGGUUGGGAUUAUAGUUGUUAAUUAUAUUUUCUUUUUCAAUAAAAUUUUGUCAGUAAACACUGUGAUACCAAACCUGAUCGAGUAUGUCACCCUCAAUAAAUAAAGCUUAAUU